AUGGCUGACAUUGAUGAUUUUGAAUUAAUCAACGAUCCAGUAUUAUCAACCGAACAAACGUUUGAAUUUAUAGAUGUACAUGAUGCUACUGGAAAAAAAACAAAUACUAAUAAGCCAACAACACCAAGUAUUGUUGUGCCACCUCUUGUUUCAAAACCUUUAGUUAAUGAAAUUUCUCGAGUUGUACAACAACAAACGUCUAAUUCUAUUGUUAAUCCAUCAGAAUCAAAAAUACCAGUUUCACCUAUUAAAACAACAACUCCUAUAACACCUUUGGUUCAAAUUCAAAAGACAAUACCACCACCAGCUCCAACACCAAUAAUAAUUCCUCCCGUACCACCAUUACCAAAAGCUCCUGCUCUGCAACGUUAUGGUGAUGCUGCAUUAAUUCCUCAUAAUUUAGAUGAAACCGUAGAUAUUGAUGCUAUUAUAAAUAAAUCAAGAAACAAUCAUCAAAAUACUUUAAUUGCUAGCAGUCGACAACAGCAACAAAGUGAUAUUCAAACAACCUUUGAGAAAAUGUCAAGUGGCUCAGCUUUUAGCAAUGUGCUUAAAGCAAAGGAAGAUUUGCAAAAAUCUCCUGAACAAUUAGAACAAGAAAAACGAUCAGUACUUGCACAACGUGUACCAGCACUAAAUCUUGAUGGCAAAACAAAAGAAGAUCUUAUUGAAAAGGCAAAACAAUUUCAUAAUCUUCUUCAACAAUUACAUGGUGCUAUUUAUGAAUUAACUGAACGAUUUGAACGACAAAAAUAUGAUAUGGUCGAAUUAACUGAGCGUGCUCGUCAAAUUGAAAAAGGAAAAGCUAAAACACGUAAAUCAAAUAUCGUUCAUACUGGUCUUGGAGGUGGUAUUUUUGCUGGUGUUAGUGAUGUAACAGCAAAAGCACCGCCAAAAGUAUCACUUUUCAGUCGAUACGAACGUUUAACUGAUCGUCGUACAUACAAAGAUCGUCGUGAUGUUUGGGCUACAGAAAAAAAAUCCGCCGACUUUGUUCCCGAACGUCCAAAAGCUAAGAUAAGACAUAAAUCAUCUCCAACUGAUGAUAGUGUACCACGAAAAGCUAAACAUGCAGCUAAAAAACAGGAAUCUGAAGAAAAACAUGAAGAAUUACCUCCUCCUCCACCUGCUGAAGAAUCUGAAGCACCAGCUGCCGAAGAACCAGCUACUGAAGAAGAACCUGCACCAGCAGAAGAACACCAUGAAGAAGCAGCAGCGGAAGAAGAAGAAGAAGAAGAGUGA